CCUUAUUUUUGUGUCAGCGUUUUUGUUGUCAAAGAACUUUUAGUUUACUGUUCUGUGUUCAGCAAGUCGAACUCUAAGUGGUUAUUCACGGUGACAUAUCUAUUUUAUUAAAGUAUUGUAUAGUGUUUUACUCCUUAAGUUUGGCUGAGUAGUAAACUAUGCCCAGGACAUCCAACACAAACAUUCAUGCCGUAUACAUGUAACUUGCUAGCGAAUGUAAAUAUAACUUCGCAAUGACUGAUAUUUUGAAAACACUCAAAGAAAGAGCGCAGAAACGUAGGAAGUUGUUAGCGCAACAGUUGGGAGUAGGAAGUGUCGACAAACUCAGCAGUGUUUUAGGAAACCAAGCAGAAAAAGAUGCUUUAGCAGCUGCUAAGCAGGCUUCAAGUGACAGUAAUGGUGCGAGCACAGCCAGCAACCCAAAGAAGAGGGAUUGGGAGGAUGAUGACGAUGAUGAGGAAAGCUUCACAUAUGAAGAGCCAGAAGAUAUGGAAGCUCAGAUUUACAAGGAUUCAAGUACAUUUUUGAAGGGCACACAAAGUGCGAAUCCUCACAACGACUACUGCCAGCAUUUUGUUGACACUGGGCAAAGGCCGCAAAACUUCAUCCGAGACGUUGGAUUGGCCGAUCGCUUCGAGGAAUAUCCGAAACUGAGAGAGCUCAUCAAGCUAAAGGAUGAACUUAUCGCAAACACUGCGACGCCGCCAAUGUACCUCAAGUGUGAUCUUCUCAAUUACGACUUGCGAGAGUUGGACUGCAAGUUUGACGCAAUUCUGGUCGAGCCACCACUGACUGAAUACCAGCGAAUGCAGGGCGUCAAUAACAUGCGUUGCUGGACGUGGGAAGAGGUGAUGAGCUUGCCAGUGGAAGAAGUGGCAGCGGCCCGGUCAUUUGUUUUUCUAUGGUGUGGGUCGUCAGAUGGCUUAGACUUGGGUAGACAGUGCCUGAGGAAGUGGGGCUUCAGGCGGUGUGAAGAUAUAUGCUGGGUGAAGACGAAUAUCCAAAAUCCGGGACAUUCCAAAAACCUGGAUACAAAGCAGAUCUUUCAACGAACAAAAGAGCACUGUCUCAUGGGAAUCAAAGGGACCGUACGGCGGAGCACUGAUGGAGAUUUCAUUCAUGCCAAUGUGGACAUUGACCUGAUCAUCUCAGAGGAGACAGAGUGGGGCUCCGUGGACAAACCAGUGGAAAUGUCUCACAUCAUCGAACACUUCUGCAUGGGCAGGCGGCGGCUGCACCUCUUCGGACGUGACACUUCAAUUCGCAACGGAUGGUUGACAGUCGGACCGGACCUGACCAACAGCAAUUUCAGCGCAGAGAAGUACAAGUCCUACUUCGUCAAGAGUGCUACAGACCACCUCACUGGCUGCACCGACAGAAUUGAGGCUCUCCGGCCCAAGUCUCCACCCCCGAAGAACAAGGGUGGAUCCUCGGGAGGAGGGGGACGCAACUCAUCGAGAGGAGGGUCCUUCCGUGGUGGAGGUCGCGGGGGCUACUCUGGCAGGGGAAGAGGAGGGAGGGGCGGAUUUCCUGCACGGUGACAGAUUAGUAUUAGUAGUGCCACCUUAUGAAAAAUUAUGCUUAGCCAUUAUUAUAAUCAUGUACAUACAUUAAAUAUUUGUGCUCCUAGUAGAAAGUUGUGGAAUAGCAAUAGGGUUGUGAAAGCUGAAGGUGUUUCUAUUAUGCUUGAUGGCUUGACGAAUUUGGUGAAUGCUACACCACAAAGCUCAUACCAAGCAAUAUCAAGUAAAAAACGUUUUGUCAAAAAACACGAUUUGUAUUGGUUCCCUACAGGAACAUACCUAAAAAUCACUUGGUGGCCUAUUGCACAUUACUUAAUACAUGUACCACGCUGGUAUUGUCUAUUGUGGGCUGGCUAACUUUCUUUUUCAAUAUCAGUGAAAUCUUAGGGGUAGUUUAUUAUUCUCUUAAAUGUGUAGCUAGAAAGGCAUGUUAUUUAUAGAGUAAUUUGAUCUAUGAUAGAAACUGUUCAACCAUUUUGUGCAUAACAUCAACCAAUAUAGGGUAUGACCAUAGAUAUCAUAUAACACAUGUCGUAUAUAUAUAUAUAUGAUAUAUACGAUAUAUAUUGUAUUAUAUAUCUAUGGGUAUAGCUAUUCCAAUAGGUUAGCCUUCUAUGCAUUGCAGGCCUGCUCCGACAGUCAAUUAUAUUUUUUGUGAUCAAUUUAAAAGCUAGGUCUCCGUUAUUUAAGUAUUCUCACACAAUUUUCUUUGUUCAUGGAACAUGUACAAUAGUUGGAAAUAAAUCAGUAAGUUAGGUGAAGCUAAAGAAAAUGCAUGAAAUGCACAAUCUAGUGAUUGAAAGGCUUCGAUCAAUAAAGGGGGCCUUUUGGCUUAGUUUCAUUGGCACUAGCACUGUUAUAAAAUGGAAUCCGCUUAAUGUGUUAUAAAGAUUAGUCCUGCCUAAUAGGCAGAAUAUUGUCUAAUAAAGCUUGGAAAAGAGAACCAUGAAGGAACUUGGUCUGUAUAUAACUUGUCUUAUCAUGCUUACAAAUUUCUGCAUGUCAGUAAACCAUGUAUGUUGUACGAUUGGUUUAAAACUAAGAACAAAUUCUGGUAAAAUGUGCACGAGCACUUCUAUACAGAGGAAAUACUAUUGAUUUCAUUUGUCUGUGUAGGUAGUGUAGAGUAAUACACUUGCCCCGCAACGAUUGUUUUUGACAUUUUUAAUAGCUGUUGAUUAAUAUUUGACUAUCAUA